CAUCUAUAAGUACUCUUUCUUACAAUACAUUCGAAUAUUUCACAAAAUGAUGCUAUUGAAAUCCAUGAUUCCCUAUUUGACUAUUUGAAACCCUUUUUGAAAAAAAAACAGGCCGGGUGAAAGGUCACACACACAUCUCUUGUUAUGAUCGUUUGACAGCUGAUGCGUUCGCCUUCGACGAGUCGGUCUCACGAUGUAUGUCGGAUGAAUUACUUAGAAUAGUAGACGGACUUAAGCAAAAUGGGAGGUUGUUGUUCUGCUCAGCUAAAAUGUUGGUGUGGACCAGCUUCUUGUGGGCUGUGUUGUCGAAAAUGUCCCCCUGUCACCGAGUCAACAGGAACCCGCAUCAUGUACUCCAUAUAUCUAGUGACCGGAUUUAUCAUCGCCUGCCUCAUGCUCUCCCCUAAAAUCCAGACAUUUAUCACUGAUAAUAUACCCCAGUUCAAUGAGACCUGUUUAGACCUGAGUCUGGGAGAGAACUGUGGAAUGCUGACAGGGUACAAGGCCGUAUACAGACUGUGUAUGGGUAUGGUGGCAUUCAGCUUCAUCCUCAUGAUCCUUACCCUGUGUACUCGCAGCAGUGACCAGUGGGCAGGCAACAUCCACAAUGGGUUUUGGCUGCUGAAACUGAUACUGUUAAUUGGCUGCUGUGUUGGCUCGUUCUUCGUUCCAUACCAAUACAGUAGAUACUGGCUGUAUGUAGGAAUGGUGGGCGGCUUCAUUUUCAUUUUGUUUCAACUGAUCCUUUUGGUUGAUUUAACACAUUCCUGGAAUGCUAAGUGGUUGAAUGUUAAGGCAGGGAAGAGAAGCACCUGUGGUUAUGUUGGGACCCUGAUGUGUGCGACCAUCUUCUACAUGGUGACAGUGGUGGGCCUGUUCAUGCUGUAUUUUAAUUACACAAGUCUCAAAGGCUGUUUACACAACAAGGUUUUCAUCGGAGUCAACGCCGGCCUCUGUAUCAUCCUCUCCAUCAUCACCCUUCUCCCGGUCGUAUCCAAGUUCAACCCUAACUCGGGAACACUGCAGUCCUCUGUGAUCAGUCUCUAUGUAGUUUAUCUCACCUGGUCAGCCCUGUCUAGUGAACCACCUGAGGAGAGUAAGUAUCUCACCUGGUCAGCCCUGUCUAGUGAACCACCUGAGGAGAGUAAGUAUCUCACCUGGUCCGCCCUGUCUAGUGAACCACCUGAGGAGAGUAAGUAUAUCACCUGGUCAGCCCUGUCUAGUGAACCACCUGAGGAGAGUAAGUAUCUCACCUGGUCCGCCCUGUCUAGUGAACCACCUGAGGAGAGUAAGUAUAUCACCUGGUCAGCCCUGUCUAGUGAACCACCUGAGGAGAGUAAGUAUCUCACCUGGUCAGCCCUGUCUAGUGAACCACCUGAGGAGAGUAAGUAUCUCACCUGGUCCGCCCUGUCUAGUGAACCACCUGAGGAGAGUAAGUAUCUCACCUGGUCCGCCCUGUCUAGUGAACCACCUGAGGAGACCCUGUCUAGUGAACCACCUGAGGAGAGUAAGUAUCUCACCUGGUCCGCCCUGUCUAGUGAACCACCUGAGGAGAGUAAGUAUAUCACCUGGUCAGCCCUGUCUAGUGAACCACCUGAGGAGAGUAAGUAUCUCACCUGGUCAGCCCUGUCUAGUGAACCACCUGAGGAGAGUAAGUAUCUCACCUGGUCCGCCCUGUCUAGUGAACCACCUGAGGAGAGUAAGUAUCUCACCUGGUCCGCCCUGUCUAGUGAACCACCUGAGGAGACCCUGUCUAGUGAACCACCUGAGGAGAGUAAGUAUAUCACCUGGUCAGCCCUGUCUAGUGAACCACCUGAGGAGAGUAAGUAUCUCACCUGGUCCGCCCUGUCUAGUGAACCACCUGAGGAGAGUAAGUAUAUCACCUGGUCAGCCCUGUCUAGUGAACCACCUGAGGAGAGUAAGUAUCUCACCUGGUCAGCCCUGUCUAGUGAACCACCUGAGGAGAGUAAGUAUCUCACCUGGUCCGCCCUGUCUAGUGAACCACCUGAGGAGACCCUGUCUAGUGAACCACCUGAGGAGAGUAAGUAUCUCACCUGGUCCGCCCUGUCUAGUGAACCACCUGAGGAGAGUAAGUAUAUCACCUGGUCAGCCCUGUCUAGUGAACCACCUGAGGAGAGUAAGUAUCUCACCUGGUCAGCCCUGUCUAGUGAACCACCUGAGGAGAGUAAGUAUCUCACCUGGUCCGCCCUGUCUAGUGAACCACCUGAGGAGAGUAAGUAUCUCACCUGGUCCGCCCUGUCUAGUGAACCACCUGAGGAGACCAUGUCUAGUGAACCACCUGAGGAGAGUAAGUAUCUCACCUGGUCAGCCCUGUCUAGUGAACCACCUGAGGAGAGUAAGUAUCUCACCUGGUCAGCCCUGUCUAGAGAACCACCUGAGGAGAGUAAGUAUCUCACCUGGUCAGCCCUGUCUAGUGAACCACCUGAGGAGAGUAAGUAUCUCACCUGGUCAGCCCUGUCUAGUGAACCACCUGAUAUAUCACCUGGUCAGCCCUGUCUAGUGAACCACCUGAGGAGAGUAAGUAUCUCACCUGGUCAGCCCUGUCUAGUGAACCACCUGAGUAAGUAUCUCACCUGGUCAGCCCUGUCUAGUGAACCACCUGAGGAGAGUAAGUAUCUCACCUGGUCAGCCCUGUCUAGUGAACCACCUGAGGAGAUCCAUAUCCUGGAGACGGUAAGAACUCUGAUUCUUGCCAGUAUGACAUCAUCAGAUGAGACCAGUCUUCAGACAACAGCUACACCUCACUUGAGGAUGGAGUAUGUGGCUGACCCCAGUGAGAGUUUCCAUGUGAUGGCGAACACCACCACACAGAUGUGUCGACCUAAACCAGCCUUCCAGGAUAUGGACAUGAUAUCAGCCUAUGCUGGACUAUUUCUGAUGUUUGUCAUGGCGAUGUACUCCAGCCUUGCCACCUCAGCAGAUUCUCACAAGUUGGGAGUGCCUCGUCACGCAGACCAGGAUGUAAAGCACUAUGAAUGUUGUUGCUGCUGUCCUGUCAAGCCAAGAAGAAACCCAACAGAACGUGGAGGUCAAAAGGUCAAAUACAAUGAGUCUGAUGGCACGAAGUACAACUAUGCCUUUUUCCAUUUUAUUUUCUGUCUGGCCAGUCUGUAUAUCAUGAUGCAGCUCACUAACUGGUACAGACCAGCGGAGUCAAACGUGGACAUGUUUGGCCUGAACUGGGCUGCCGUGUGGGUGAAGAUGACAUCAAGUUGGGUGUGUGUGGUGGUCUACAUCUGGUCAUUGUUCCUCCCGAAGCUUUGUCGAGGUCGUGACCUCACCUUCAUCAGACAGCCUCAGCCUGAUGAACAGCUGGACGAGAUCGAUCAGGAGGAACUGGAGAAUCUGAAUGGACCUAUCAACCCAGAAGCUGUGGUCACUUCUCGAGAAUCUGUUGUGUAGUGGUCAACAUGUGUGCAUUAGUCAUUAAUUAAUAUCAUAGCCAGCUUAUCAAUGACUUGUUUAAUUAAGUAGGCUGUAAAUGACCACGACUGCUGGAAUUUCUAGAAUUAUGGUCAUCAUGUUUGUGAGGAUCUGUAACACAUUUUAAAGUAACCAUAAUAUCACUGAAAGUGAGUUCACAUUAAAUAGUGCUCAAUUUGGUCAUCACAGAUGUCAUCAUUUCAAGGCAGUCAAGGACAGAGUGAGUCAGUAUGAAUAUCUUACUGACAUUUUGUCUAGAUAUUGGUAUGGUUAUCAUCCUUUGGGGCUGAGGUAAUAUGUAAAUAGUGUACAGAGGGUUUUUCUGAAGUUUUUCAUUAAGGGAAUACAUGUAUAGUUGGCGAUAGUCGCCAUAGAUACCCAUCAUUCAGCAGUGAGUUUAAGGUUGUAGAUCUGUUUAAAGUUACCAAAUAUAUGUUUGGUGAUGGUUGCCAUAGAAACCCAUCAUUCAGUGGUGAGUUUAAGGUUGUAGUUCUGUUGAAAGUUACCAAAUAUAUGUUUGGUGAUGGUUGCCAUAGAAACCCACCAUUCAGCAGUGAGUUUAAGUUUGUAGAUCUGUUAAAAGUUACCAAAUAUAUGUUUGGUGAUCGUUGCCAUAGAAACCCACCAUUCAGCAGCGAGUUUAAGGUUGUAGUUCUGUUGAAAGUUACCAAAUAUAUGUUUGGUGAUGGUUGCCAUAGAAACCCAUCAUUCAGCGGUGAGUUUAAGGUUGUAGUUCUGUUGAAAGUUACCAAAUAUACAUUUGUGUUUUUGGUGAUGGUUGCCAUAGAAACCUGUCAUUCAACAGUGAGUUUAAGGUUGUAGUUCUGUUGAAAGUUACCAAAUAUAUGUUUGGGGAUGGUUGCCAUAGAAACCCAUCAUUCAGUGGUGAUAUCAUGGUUGUAGUUCUUUGGGCAGUUACCUUGGUUGGUUGGUGAUGGGUGCUGUAGAUAGUUGCCAUGGAACUAUGAUUUUAUGAACACAGAUCUGGUUGUUUUCCAUAAAAAGCUUCCAUUGAACAAUAUGAGAUCUGUAUAAGUACAUGGUUGUGUUGCUAUGGGGCCGCGGUGGCCGAGUGGUUAAGGUGUACCAACACUUUAUCACUAGCCCUCCACCACUGGGUUGCAAGUUCGAAACCU